AUGAACCUGGCCCACACCACUGUGCUCCUGUGGGUGUGGGGGAGUCUCCAGGCCUUUGAAAUUGUGGAGAAGGAGAACAUUUUUCAGAGGACCCCCUGCCCAGCCUUUCUGAUGUUUGACAACGCAGCCUACCUGGCAGACAUGAGCUUCGAACUUCCCUGCCACUGCAAGCCCGAGGAGGUGUCUGCCGUCGUCUGGUACUAUCAGAAGCACUUGGGUAGCAGCCACACCAAAGUGCUGACGGACUUCGACGGGCGGGUGCUGACAGAGGAGUCCCAGGUGCACGUGGGCAGCGACAUGCUGGUUCGCUUCAGCAUCCGCAUGUUCAGCCUGUUGGUUUUCCGGGCCCAGCCCGAGGACUCGGGCUUGUAUUUUUGUGGCACCCGCAAGGGGGACUACUUUUAUGCCUACGAUGUGGACAUCCAGAGCGGCGAGGGAAUGGUGGCCACCUUCAAGGACCAGGGCCAGGAGCCCUUUGCCGACGAGCACCACGGGAGCCUCCACAUCUUCACCACCUUCUGGGAGUGGACCCCUUGCGACCGCUGCGGGGUCCGAGGAGAGCAGUGGCGCAUCGGCCUGUGCUACCUGCGGAGCCCGGGGCUCUCCCCGCGCUACCGCAAGACGCUGCCCGAGGUGGUGUCCUGCGGCUCGCAGGCCGUGCCCAGGAAGCUUCGGGCCCAGGCCAGGGAGCACACCCCCGAACUGCUGGUUCAGAGCUGCGUGGUGCCGUGUGAGAAGAAGAAGGUCAGCGAGGGCGUGAUGGCCAUCCUCAGCUACGUGUCCAAGGUGGGCAGCCGGCCCUGGUUGCCUCAGGUGCCCAUCCAGUUCCACCAGCAGAGGCUGGGCCAUGGACUCAUCAUCUCCUGUCCCGGGGCGCGGCCAGAGCACGCCGUGGCCUGGGACAAGGACCGCGAGUACUUCUACCGCACGCAGUACCUGAGGGGCGUCAACAGGUCCAUGAGGGUGUUCAUCGACCACGGCAACCACCUCCACAUCCGCUUCACUCAGCUGAGUGACCGGGGCAUCUAUUAUUGCUGGCGGCAGGGGGUACGCGUCGCCGGCUUGCGGCUGGGCGUCAUGUCUCGAGGCCGCUACCGGGCCUCGUUCUCGGACCCUGAGACUCGCUCCGCCGUGGAGCUCACCCUGGUAGGCUACCUGUUCAUCACGGCGGUCUUUGUCACCAUUCACCUCUGUCGGUGCUGCUGUUACUUAUUUCGCUGUUGCCCCAACUUCUCGCCCUAG